AUGUCCAAGGACUCCAUCGACCAGUUCCUUAUCAGUGGGCACGCAAGUGAGGUCCAACAGCGUUGGAAGAAAUGGCGGCGGGCUUUCCAGUACUUCAUCGAAGCCAAGGACAUUACCGACCCAGAUCGCCAGCGCAGCAUGCUGUUGCACAAGGCUGGCCUACAGAUUCAGGAGAUCUUUGAAGAUCUCGAAGACCCGGUUGCGCAGGCAGAUAGACCAGGGGAUGACAACGCUUUCAAACAAGCGGUAAGAAUGCUUGAUGAGCAUUUCGCAUACACAGUCAAUCCAACUUUUGAGCGGCACGUUUUCAGACAGAUGUCACCCAAUGUAGGAGAGAAUGCCACGCAAUUCUGCACCAGACUCCGUACGCAGGCCAAACUUUGUGCAUUUGCUGCAGAUGACGAGCACAUUCGUGAUCAGAUGAUUGCCACUUGUAUUGACGUCGAUCUGCAACGCUCUCUUCUGUCCAAGAGUAACCUUACCCUACAGGUGCUGCUGGAAAAGUUUCGCGUGCGAGAAUCGUCAGGCAUUCAAGUAAGAUCUAUGGCGACGGCAGCGUCAAGCGUCAGUGCCAGCCCGAGCAGCGUCGACGCCGUACGCUCUACGACAUCGUCAACGCGCUCCCCAUGUACGCGAUGCAACAGGGUGGGUCACGCGUCGUCAGCUGACGAUUGCCCAGCACGCCGCCGCCGAUGCAACACGUGUAGUAAGGUUGGACACUAUGCUGUUUGUUGUAGAUCUCAAGGUGGUACUAGUAGUAGUAAUGCAAGUAGAUCAUCGCAUGCCCAACCUAGGGAUGCUGGUACUCACCAUGUCUCACUGCCUGACCAAUGUGAUGAAGCUCUAAGCUCAGAUUUCAUGAUUGCCAAUAUUGGGUCCCAGCACAGUCACACUGGCAAAUUCCGAGUUGAUGUACAUGUAAACGGGAAACCCCUCAACAUGGAACUUGACACAGGGGCACAGUUAUCGAUCAUUCCUGAAGCUCUUUGGAAACAGUUGUGGGGAGAUGUCAAACUGAAUGCCACCAAGACUGCACUCUGUACUUUCUCGGGGGCACCUUUAACUGUUGUGGGGGAGGCCUGUGUCGAUGUACAGUACCAGUCGCAACAUGUCCAGGAGAAGAUUCUUGUGGUCAAAGAGGGCACCACCCCGUUGUUCGGCCGCAAUUGGUUGUCUAACAUACGUUUGGAUUGGCAUACCAUCUGUUCUGUCUCUUCUGCUCCACGUACGUCUGAUUCUGAGUCUGUAUUAGACGAGUUCCCAAGCGUUUUUGAAGGUGGUCUGGGCAAGAUCCAUGACUCGGAGGCGGUGAUCCACAUUGCCAGCGGGGCAAUUCCCAAGUGUUACUCAGCUCGACCGUUGCCAUACGCCAUGAAACCGCAAGUUGAUGUUGAAUUAGAUCGUUUGAUUAAGGAGGGUGUUCUAGUUCCGGUAGAAUCUUCAGAGUGGGCUUCUCCUAUUGUUGUUGUGAAGAAAGCCGAUGGUUCUAUACGACUCUGUGCAGACUUUAAAGUCACCAUCAACCAGCAUAUUGAAAGCAACAUACACCCUAUUCCAAAUCCCAGUGAUUUAUUGUCCAGCAUUGCAGGGGCCUCUGUUUUCUCAAAAGUUGAUCUCAGCCAAGCAUACACUCAGUUGCCAUUGUCCGAAGACAGUCAGAAACUGUGCGUCAUUGCAACCCAUCGAGGGUUAUUUGCUUUCACGAGAUUGCCCUUUGGCGUUUCCUCAGCACCAUCAAUCUGGCAAAAGACUAUAGAGCAGAUCUUAGCUGGCAUCGAUGGGGUCAUCGUGUACUUUGAUGACAUCUUAAUCACGGGAACCAACCAAGCAGAGCAUGAUACCCGGUUGCGUCAAGUUCUAGACAGAUUUGAGAAGGCAGGAUUACAGCUGAAGAAAGCGAAGUGUGAGCUGAACCAGGAGAGUGUCAAGUAUCUAGGCUUCAUUGUAUCAAGCAAGGGGCUGCAUGCUGAUCCUAGCAAAGUAUCUGCUAUAGCCAAAGCACCACAGCCCACUAACGCGUCAGAACUACACUCCUUCUUGGGGCUGGUCAACUUUUAUGGUCGAUUUAUCCCUAAUGCUUCGCAGUUGUUGUAUCCCUUGAACCGUCUUCUUCAGAAGGGUACAGAAUGGAACUGGACUCCCGAGUGUCAACAUGUGUUCAUCCAGUGCAAGGAGAUCUUAGCAUCGUCAAACGUACUGGCUCACUAUGAUCCCAAGAAACCACUCAUCUUGGAGUGCGACGCGUCUCCCACGGGAAUCGGUGCCUGCCUACUACAACCAGACAAACUUUCUGUGCUUCAGGAACAACAGCUCACGGAUUACAUUAAGUCUGUCAAUGUUGAUCCUUGUCAUGAUCUGCCAUUAUCCGCUACCGAUGUUAGCAAGGCAACUUCAGCUGACCCCACUCUACGUAAGGUCAUGCACCACAUCACACAUGGCUGGCCUAGCAGUGUCCCAGACAGUCUUUCCUCGUACUAUCGUAUUCGAGACCAGCUAUCUGUUGAGCAGGGAUGUAUCACCUGGGGUUUGCGGGUUGUGAUUCCCUUGGUAUUUCGUUCCAGUCUGUUGCAUGAGUUGCAUGUUGAUCAUCUUGGCGUAUCUCGCAUGAAAGCUGUGGCUAGAUCCUUCUUCUGGUGGCCUCACUUAGACCAAGACAUAGUUGAACUUGCUGCGAAUUGUCGUCUAUGCCAACAGCAGGCUCGAGCACCAACGAAGGCACCCAUUCACCACUGGGUCUACCCGAACCGGCCAUUUGAGAGGGUUCAUCUUGAUUUCGCUGAAUACAAAGUUUUGCAACGCACAUGCAGGCCAAGCAAGACUCUGCGCCAGCUAUGCGAGCUUUCCUGCCAGGUGACAGCGUCUGGGUCAAGGAUGUUCGCCAUGACAAAUGGACACCAGCGGUUAUUGCAGCCAGACUGGGACCACUGACCUACUCUGUUGAGAGUGGUACCACCAUCCGUCAUGUCCAUAUUGAGCAUUUACGGUUACGAGAUCCCGCCGGUGAUACAUCCGACAGUGCUGAUUCGGCUCGUAAGUGUCCAUUGCCCUCCAUACCUGAUAAUUUGAUUACUCCAGAGGAUAGCUCUGAGAACGCUCCUACUGUUACAGCUGCUACGUUUCCCGCUUCUAGUACUGUUACCUACAAUGAGUCUGCAGAUGCAAGCACAGCAAUAGAUUCUGAACCAGACACACCCAGUCCAGCAGUCUCUUUGCGACGUUCUACUCGGAUCUCUAGACCACCAGAGCGCUUAAUUGAGAACCCGUCUUUCGGCAAGUAACUGGACGGGGUUUCCGGCUCAUGUUUAUAGAUUUCGUCUUUACUUUCAGGCUUCAUUUUGUGAAGGGGAAGGGAGUGUUAUAGUUAGACAUUUCAAUAAUUCUCGAGCAUACUUCAAAUAUUCACGAUAGUAAUAUGUUGUGCAAAUACAUAAAUCACGUACCUGACUUCUCCAGGUCUAGGUCACUCCGAGACACCUUUCUUGCAAGGUAUGAUAAUACUUCAUGUUUACAAACAUUAGUUAUCUUCCUGCUGCAAGCGAAGGCUGUUGUUUACAAAGUCUUCGCCCAUAAUUUAUUUGCAUGUUGCUCACACGCAACCUUUCCCAAACUGAAUUUGACGCAUGCGCUCUGUGUACAUCUCUAGAAUAAAAUUGUGCUCGCUGCUCUAAAACUGCACGCCACUCUGUAGCGUACAUCUAGAGAUCUAAAGUCCGCAUGCGCUGUACGCUAACUUUGCAUCCGGUUGCACCAAACGCUUGGAGCGCAUAUAACCUGAGCUUGCUAUCAUUUUCAUUCAUUCCGCUCGAGUCUAAGGACUCUCCAGUCUUCUACUAUACUAUGGUAAAGUAAUGGAUAAACCUAUUACCCGUUGUGUUUUGUGAGUGCCUUAGUUCCUAUCGUGUGCAGAACGUUGAAUUACAACACACGUCACC